AUGGCAUCUCCUGACUAUGCUCAACACUUCACCGAGAAGAACAUUCCUUUCGGAAUAGCUUCCUCUCAGUCUCACAAGACUCCUCAAGCUGUGACCAGACUUGGAAAUACCGUGAUAUUCCUGAAUGAUCUUGUCGGACAAUUAUUCAAGGAUGUUGAUGGCCUUUCUCAAGGUGUAUUUAAAGAACAGGCUCUAAACUCUUUCGCUGCUCUCCCCAAGACUGUGCAUCAACAAGUCCGAAAACAGAUCCAACAAGCCUAUCAACAAAAUGGCCUCGAUGAGUUUCCUUCAGGCAGCAAAGAAGACAUCAAUGAUGUGACAAUGUACUUACCAGUAGAAAUCAAAGACUUUGCAGACUUCUCCUGCUCUCUUGACCACGUCAUAAACGCAGGUCGUAUAGUAGUCAACAACGGAACGCCACCACCCGGCUUCUUCAAGUUCCCAGUUGGAUAUCAAGGCCGAACAGGCUCUAUCGUUGUCUCAGGAACGGAUGUUGAGCGUCCUUAUGGACAGUUUAAGAACCCUGCUGCAACUGAAGGCGACGAUCCUAUCAUCUAUGCGCCAUCUCAGAAGGUUGAUUAUGAAGUUGAGCUUGCUGCUGUUGUUGGAAAGCCGUUGGGUAUGAGGGAGAGACUUCACGCUAAGGAUGCUGAGGAUCAUAUUUUUGGUUUUGUGAUUCUUAAUGAUUGGAGUGCCCGUGAUAUUCAAGGUUUUGAAAUGUUUCCUCUUGGUCCUUUCAACGGCAAGAGUCUAGGAACUUCCAUAUCUCCCUGGAUCAUCACCCUCGACGCUCUAGAACCCUUCAGAACCAAGGCUCAAGAGCAAAAAGCCAUCUCAGCCUCAUACCUCCAGCAUCCCAACCCCUCAACAUUCUCCAUCACCUUGAAAGUUGACGUCGUGGCAAACAACGCCACCACAACACUUGGCGUUUGUCCAGUUGAGUCUCUGUACUGGACACCCCAACAGAUGGUUGCGCACUCUGUUAGCUCAGGUAGUGCGCUUCGAACGGGAGAUUUGCUAGCUACUGGUACUGUUUCUGGUUCUGAUGAGACGAGUCGAGGCUGCAUGCUUGAGAGCACAGAGGGUGGUAGUAAGCCUGUGACUCUGAGCGAUGGUUCGAAGAGGGGAUUUCUUGAGGAUGGUGAUGUUGUGAGGAUAACGGGAUCUGUUGGUGGAGACGAGUCGGGUGUUGGAUUUGGCGAAUGCAUUGGCCAGCUAACUCCUGCUCGCCCUUACUGA